UUUCUCUUCCCCUCCCUGUCCUGCCUGUCUCUGUCACUCCCUGUUUUCUGUAAGUAAGCAGGCAACUUUUUGGGGGGCCUCAGUGCAAGGAGGCCGGAGAAGAGGAGCGUCUGGAGGGGUUUCCGUCUGUGCCAGCCAGCAGGGUUGUGUGGCGGCCCGCUGGCCAGGAAGAGUCUGUCUGCUUGGAAUUCCAAGUGUGCGGAAACUCCGGCUGGGCGGCGGGAAGUGGAGUCGGGAGCAGUCGCUAGUGCUGGUGGCUCGGGUCGACCAUGGAAGACAGCCCACCCGAUCUCGGCCUCGCUUCCCUGUGUGACUCUGCUGCACUGCUCAGCUUCUGCACCGACGACAGCAUCUCGGCCACGAGUACGUCCGAUGUCCAGGACCGCCUCUCCGCUCUGGAGCUGCGUGUGCAGCAGCAGGAAGACGAGCUCACCGUGCUCAAGGCCGCGCUGGCCGACGUGCUGCGCCGUCUCACCAUCUCUGAAGAGACCGUGGCUGCCGGCAAGAAGGCAGCCACCGGCAAAGGUCAGCCAGGCCUCCGGGAAGCCAUUUCUGUGUCCUGCAUUCCCAACGGCAGUGGCGGGAGCCGGAAAGGCCCGCACGGUGGAAGCUCGGUCUCUGUGGUCAGAAAAGAAACCUUUUCUUCUGCUGCUAAAAGCGGUUCUGAAAAAAAGAAAGAAAAGCCUCCGGGACAGAGAGAAAAAACAGAGGAAUGUCAGUCUAAUGAUCCGAGCCCCCAAAGGCCGGCACCGCCUUCUCCCCAGCCCUCGUCACAGCCUCUCCCAGCGCACAGGCAAACGCCACACCCCAGGGGCCCAGCUCCCGCCAAAAGCAUAAAGCGAUUCUCGACGGCUGAAAAAAUAUCUGGGCAAUGGGACGGGCAGGAUGACAGUCGGAACAAGCUACUGAGGGCAGCAUCCACAUCCAGGCUGAUCUCCAAGGUCAUUAAAAACUCCGACAAACAUAAAGAUGUCAUCGUCAGCCAAGCAGCCAAAAUGUCAACCCGUGAAAAAAACAGUCAAGAGGGCGAGUACAUCAAGAUGUUCAUGCGAGGACGACCCAUCACCAUGUUCAUUCCUUCUGACGUGGACAGCUAUGAUGACAUCAGAACCGAGCUGCCUUCUGAGAGGCUAAAACUGGAGUGGGCAUACGGCUACCGGGGAAGGGAUUGUCGAGCCAAUGUUUUCCUCCUACCGACGGGAGAAAUCGUUUACUUUAUCGCUUCGGUUGUCGUGCUGUUCAAUUAUGAGGAGAGAACUCAGCGGCACUACUUGGGUCACACAGACUGCGUGAAGUGCCUGGCAGUCCACCCUGACAAGAUCCGGAUCGCCACCGGCCAGAUAGCUGGAGUGGAUAAGGAUGGAAGGCCCUUGCAGCCACACGUCAGAGUGUGGGACUCGGUGAGCCUGGCGACGCUGCAGGUUCUCGGCCUGGGGACCUUCGAGCGUGGCGUGGGCUGCCUGGACUUUUCCAAAGCCGACUCAGGAACCCAUCUGUGUGUGGUCGAUGACUCCAACGAGCACAUGCUCACCGUGUGGGACUGGCAACGCAAGUCCAAGAGUGCAGAAAUAAAGACGACCAAUGAGGUGGUCCUGGCAGUGGAGUUCCAUCCAACUGAUGCCAAUUCCAUCAUCACCUGUGGCAAGUCUCACAUCUUCUUCUGGACCUGGAGCGGCAGUGCCCUGGCCAGGAAACAAGGCAUUUUUGGGAAAUACGAGAAGCCCAAGUUUGUGCAGUGCCUGGCCUUUUUGGCCAACGGCGAUGUCCUCACUGGAGACUCAGGGGGAAUUCUUCUUGUCUGGAGCAAAACUACUGUAGAAGCGGCCCCGGGGAAAGGACCUAAAGGUGUCUAUCAGAUAAGCCGGCAAAUCAAAGCCCACGACGGCAGCGUGUUCACCCUCUGCCAGGUGAGGGAUGGAGCACUCCUCACCGGAGGCGGGAAAGACAGAAAAAUCAUUCUCUGGGAUCACAACCUGAACCCUGAAAGGGAGAUCGAGGUACCGGAUCAGUACGGGACUAUCAGAGCAGUGGCAGAAGGCAAAGCGGAGCAGUUUUUGGUGGGCACGUCACGGAACUUUAUUCUGCGCGGGACCUUUAAUGAUGGAUUCCAGAUAGAGGUGCAGGGCCACACGGAUGAGCUGUGGGGUCUGGCCACACACCCCUUCAAGGACCUGCUGCUAACCUGCGCCCAGGACCGGCAGGUGUGCCUGUGGAACUCGGCGGAGCAUACACUCGAGUGGACCAGGCUGGUGGACGAGCCAGGGCACUGUGCAGACUUCCAUCCCAGCGGUGUGGUGGUGGCCAUAGGGACCCACUCAGGAAGGUGGUUUGUUCUUGACGCGGAGACCCGGGACCUGGUGUCGAUCCACACAGAUGGGAACGAACAGCUGUCGGUCAUGCGCUAUGCGGUUGAUGGAACCUUUCUGGCAGUGGGAUCUCACGACAACUUCAUUUACCUCUAUGUUGUAACCGAAAACGGAAGGAAGUACAGCAGGUUCGGCAAGUGCACGGGUCACUCCAGCUACAUCACUCACCUCGACUGGUCGCCCGACAACAAGUACAUCAUGUCCAACUCGGGGGACUACGAGAUCCUCUACUGGGACAUUCCCGGAGGCUGCAAGCUCAUCAGGAAUCGCUCGGACUGUAAAGACGUGGACUGGACCACGUACACGUGUGUGCUGGGCUUCCAGGUGUUCGGAGUGUGGCCGGAGGGCUCAGACGGGACAGACAUCAAUGCCCUGGUCCGGUCCCACAACCGCAAGGUGAUGGCCGUGGCCGACGACUUCUGCAAGGUCCACCUCUUCCAGUACCCCUGCUCCAAGCCCAAGGCCCCAAGCCACAAGUACAGUGCCCACAGCAGCCACGUGACAAAUGUCAGCUUCACCCACAAUGACAGCCACCUGAUUUCCACUGGGGGAAAAGACAUGAGCAUCAUCCAGUGGCGGCUAGUGGAGAAGGCCGCCCCUCCGCAGAACGAUAGCACCGCAGAGCCCGGUCUCGCCAGGGCAGCUCCUGGGCCUGGGGAGGGCCUCCGCUGGCCGGGCACGCCACCCCCGCCCGCCCCGGGCAGCGAGGUUGUGGAGGACGAGAGCGAGGAUCCGGGCGGGUCUCCGGUCCCGGGUGAGGACGGGAGCGAGGAGAGGAGUGAGGGGAGCAUCGAGGAGCUGAUGGAGCCCAGUUCCGCGGAUCUGGCCGACGAGGUCAGCGAGGAGCAGAGCCAGUCGACACUCACAGAAGAGCGGCUAGCUCCCUCGCCGGAGUCCUAGCCCCCGGCGGGGCGGGAGCCGGGCUGGGGAGCCCCCAGGGAGAGGUGCUAGG